AUGAGACUCCGCUCACUCCUUUCUGUUCUCCUCCUCUCUUUCAUUAUAAUCCCAGAAGCAAGGACUGGCCUUAUUCCAGGGGAGAAACAAUGUCUUUUUUUGAGAGGGUUUUGCAGUGAUGGAGGAUGUGACACCACAGAAGACACCCUUGGUAUAUGUAAUGAUGAAAAAAAGUGUUGCAGAAAGUGGUGGACAUUUUUCCCCUACCCAACGCCAGUUCCCAAAUCAAAAUCUCCUUGA